AUGACAGAGGAAAAUGAUACACUUGUGACAGAGAUCAUUCUGGUUGGACUUUCCUAUUACCCUGAGACACAGACUGCCUUCUUUUGGGCUGUGCUGAUUGUCUACAUAAUAACCCUGAUAGGGAACAGCCUCAUAGUGAUGUUGAUAGUUGUUGACCGCCAGCUCCACACCCCCAUGUACUUCUUCCUCAGCAACCUCUCCUUUGUUGACAUCUGCUACUCCUCCAGCUGUGCCCCUCAAGUCCUGGUGAGGGGUUUUGCAAAGAAAGCCACCAUCUCCCUUAACAGUUGCUUGGCUCAAGGCUAUGUUUCCAUCUUCCUAGGCAUAACGGAGUGCCUACUGCUGGCUGUCAUGGCCUAUGAUCGCUUUGUGGCCAUCUGCAACCCUCUGCAGUACUCUUUGAUUAUGAGUGGAAAGGUUUGCACCCAACUGGCUGCAUUUUCCUGGGUCAGUGCCCUUCUUCUUACUAUGAUCCGGGAAUCAGUCCAGCCAAAGCAUUUCUGUAGAAAUGUUAUCAACCAUUUCAUGUGUGAACUACAAGCGGUCCUUAAGCUGGCCUGUUCUCAUACUAGUUUUAGUCAGCUUGUCAACUUAGCCACUGCUCUACUGGCCCUUGUGGCACCCUUCAUCUUCAUCGUGGUGACAUAUGUGCUUAUUGGCCAGGUUGUGUUGCACACCUGUUCAGCCCAGGGCAGAAACAAAGCCCUUUCCACCUGCAGCUCCCACCUGGCUGUGGUCAGUAUAUUCUAUGGUACAGCCAUGUCCAUGUAUGUGAGGCCUCAGUCCAAAUCAUUCUCUGACAAGGACAAGCUCAUCAGUAUGUUCUAUGUAUUCAUCACCCCAGUGUUGAACCCUCUGAUCUACAGCCUAAGGAACAAGGAUGUGCAGGGAGCACUGAAGAGGACUAUCAUGCGGAGAGUGUUGCAUUGA